GACGUUUCCAUUUCACUCAGCUGUUUUAUGAAUCUGUGGCAGAGGUGGCAGAGCAAUCCUGUGAUGAAAAUAAAUCGAAUUAUUUAGGAACAUUUCCAAGGUUUUUUUUCAAACAUUGCACUAAAACAAAGUCUUUGAGUAAAACAACCGGUUCGUGAACAUUGAAAAUGGUUUUUGCGGCUUGUGAGAAUGACAAAAAUCUUCCCUUGAAUGAGCUGAUGAUUUUGCUCGAUGAGGACGGUGUGAAACGAUCAAUUCCAGCUUUGAACGAACAGUGGAAAGAUUCGCGCAUCUUCACCCGUUACUCUUCGUUUCCAAUUCGCAGCAUUGACGGUCUGGUGGAUGAAUGUGCCUCCCUGGAUCAAUGGAUAAGUGAGAUUGGUUGGUUCAUCAAGGAUAUGGAGGGCUUGCUGGGGCUGGAACAUUUUCGAUUCUGGUCUACGCUGGUGUACAAUCGAGGUGCCAUUGAAAGUGUCAUAUCGUUUACCCAAGCUGCUGUUCCGUACUACCUGGCCGGCGUGAUUCGCAGUUCACCGUCGGUUUUUCCUCUUUAUUCGGCAGCCCAUCGAGCCACUCUUCAGGUGAUCUGCCGGAUGAUAACACAAAAGGAAUCCGAUCGCUGCUGGAUUUCCAGAGAGUUCAUGGGAGAUUUGCUGUACAAACACUAUCUGAUAUCGAUUCCGUUGUUGUUCGACCUGUUGUCGGUGUACGGUCGGGAUAACAAACAGGUGCUAACACUAAUGUUCCAAACCAUCUUCAAACUGCAGCCGAAAUACGGUCAAGAUUUGAAAGUAGGACUAAAGUUUCUGCAGACUACCUUCAAGACUAUUCAGCAGCAAAUCGAAACGGAUCGUAUCGAAGGAAAUGUGGUCAGUUCAGCCAGACUGAACGACCUGGCCAUCUACGCGAUGGACUGUUGCACUAUUCUUGCACUGCUGAUGGAAUGUCAUCCAGAGUGUCGAUGGAUUUGCAGUGAGCUGGAACUAGAACAAUCCAUUACGAGUUUCUACGACAACACCAUCGUGCUUCUUUACAAAAACAUCCACGCGAUGGACAAUGAAUCGCCUUAUCUGACAUAUUUGAACUCGGCCAGAAUGGAAUUGCUAUCCGCAUUCCGAGGAAUUGUUAAUUUCCAGCUGGAGACAAUUUUAGACAAACCGGAAAGAAGUCUGGUUCCGGCGGACAAGUCUCUUUGCAUCCUCACCGAAUGUCUAUCGGAUCCAGUUUUUGUGAAAGAUUACCAACGCCAUUAUCCGGUAGAACGUGAUCUGGACGUGAUAAAGCAAGCUUGUCGAAACGUUGACACAUUUAAGUUGGAUUUCGUCCAGCAGGCGUACUGCGGAGAAGACGAAGAAAAUGGUUUUCUCAAUGGUCACAAAGAAGCAGCCAUUCCUGAAGAUGACGACAGUUUCGGUGAAGCUUGCGGUGGUGUUUUAGAAGAAGAAGUAGUAGAAGAAGCUGGUCCGACUGCGGCAGUUGAAGAAACACUUUCAUCGGACCAGCUAAUCGAAAGAAACGUUCAGAAAGUAUUGGAUGUUCUGCCACAUUUGGGUGACGGUUACGUUCGUAAAAUAAUUUGUCGCUAUGAAAAUGUGGAACAGGCAAUUGCUGCCGUUUUGGAAGGUAAUUUGCCACCCGAUUUAAUUGAAGCAGACCCAACGGAACCAUACAUUCCGCCUGACAAGCUAGACACAAAUUACCUCGAGACCGGAAUCGAUCGCUUGAACAUCUACGACGGAGAUGAGUUUGAUGUGAUGGUUCAUGAUGAGAUAAAGGGGGUAAUGAAGAAGGGCAAGGGAAUGCCUGGGCAACCGAAGAACUUGAAAGAGAUGUUGGAUGAUAAAAGUCAUGUGCAGGAGAUGAAAAGUCGCUACCAGGACUAUACGAAUGUGUGUGACGAGUAUGAUGAUGAGUACGACGAUAGUUUCGAUGCGAUGGCGGAAAGUGAAUCAAAAUCGGUGCGGUUGACGGCAGCGAUGAGAAAUGCUUUGGUCGACGAACUGGACGAUGACGAAGAUGACGACGAACCCGAGGAUGAUUCCGGUCAACCAGUCGGGAAAAAACCGCUUGAUUUUUGCGAGAAUCCGGAAUUGGUUCGUCAGCGUUAUGAGGAAAAACGAAGAAGCAAGUUCCAAGCGAAGCAUGGUGGAGGUGUUGCAACCGGUCCAGACAAGGACGUGGUGGGCAAAGCCAAAGGACAAGGGCAGGAUAAAUCCGUUUUGCUUAACCGGAAGCAUAAGGCUGAGAACAAAUCCAGCCGGGCGAAUCACAAUCGUAAACAGGGUGCUACUUUUAAACGAAAUAAAGGUAUGAUUCCAUCGUAAGGUUUCGAGCAAUGAAACUUACUGAUUCCAGUGGUGGAUUAUAUAA